AUGUCCUCCACCGUGAACAACGGGGCGGCCAGCAUGCCGUCCCCCCCGGAUGCGGCGAACGGCUUCCCGCAGCCGGGCGCCUCCUCGGGGACCUGGCCGCGGGCGGAGGAGGAGCUGCGCGCCACGGAGCCGGGCCUGGUGAAGCGCGCGCACCGCGAGAUCCUGGACCACGAGCGCAAGCGGCGCGUGGAGCUCAAGUGCAUGGAACUGCAGGAGAUGAUGGAGGAGCAAGGGUACUCAGAGGAGGAGACCCGGCAGAAGGUCAGGACUUUCCGGCAGAUGCUGAUGGAGAAGGAGGGAAUGCUCACCAGGGAGGACCGGCCUGGGGGCCACAUCUCGGGGCCGCACCCCGCCGACCUUGCGGGGAACCAGGCCUCGGGGCGCUGCGCGGAGAAAGGGGCAGGCGGAAGGCGCGGCCCCGGGGCGCGGGUGGUGAGCGUCCCUGUCGCCGGCAGCGUGGCGGAGACCCCGCGGCUGCUCGAGGGCGCGGAGCCGGGCCUGGAGUACGCGCCCUUGGACGAGGACGACGGCCCGGUGGACUGCGACUGCCCGGCCGCCUGCUACCGCGGGCACCGGGGGUACAGGACCAAGCACUGGUCCAGCAGCUCAGCGUCGCCCCCUCCCAAGAAGAAGAAGAAAAAGAAAGGCGGCCACCGGAGAAGCCGCAAAAAGAGGAGACUGGACUCCGAGUGCAGCUGUGGGAGCUCCUCACCGCAGCGCAAGAAGAAGAAGAGUGUGAAGAAGCACCGCAGAGACAGGUCUGAUUCUGGGUCCCGGAGGAAGAGACGACACAGAUCUCGAAGCCCCAAGAGCAAAAGAAAAGAGAAGAACAAAGAGAGGAAGAGGCCACACACAGAGUCCCCGGGUCGGAGGUCCAAUCGCCACAGCAGCGGCAGCUCUCAGAGCCCCUCCCUCUCCUCCCAUUACAGCGAUUCCAGAUCACCCAGCAGGCUGAGCCCCAAGCACCGAGAUGACGGGCGGAAGACGGGCAGCCAGCGGUCCAGCGGGAGCCGGUCGCCUUCCCCGUCUGGCGGCAGCGGAUGGGGGUCGCCCCAGCAGAACGGCGGCAACAGACAGCGGAGCGGAGCGCACGGGGGCCGCCCCGGCUCGGCGCACAGCCCGCCAGAUAAGCCCAGCUCGCCCUCGCCCAGGGCCCGCGACCAGGCGGAGGCCGGCGCAGCCACGCCGCCCGCGCGGGGCAAGGAGAGCCCGAGCCCGCGCUCGGCGCCGUCGUCCCAGGGCAGAGGAGGCCGCGCGGCGGGCGGGGCGGCCAGGCGGCGGCGGCGGCGGCGGCGGCGGCGGCGGCGCUCCCGGUCCUCUGCGUCCGCGCCCCGCCGCAGGGGCCGCCGGCGCGCCCGGCCCGCGCCGCCCCGGGGCUCGUCGCGCUCGCUCAGCAGGGCCCGCUCCAGCAGCGACUCCGGCGGCGGUGGCGGCGGCGGCGGUGCCCCCGGCCCCGGGCCCGAGCCCGGCUCCGAGCGAGGCCACGGCGCGCACGGGAAACGGGCCAAGGAGCGGCCCCCGCGCGCCCGGCCGGCCAGCACCUCCCCGUCCCCGGGCGCGCACGGCAGGCACGGCGGCCCGGAGGGGAAGAGCUCGUCGCGCAGCCCGGGCCCCCACCCGCGCUCGUGGAGCUCCAGCCGCUCGCCCUCCAAGUCCCGCUCGCGCUCUGCGGAGAAGAGGAUCCGCAGCCCCAGCCGCUCGCCGUCGCCCAAGAAAACCCUGGGCCGGGACAAGGACGGCGAGGGCCGCGCGAGGCACGCCGAGGCCGAGGCCGCCCGCACCCGGCGCCGCUCCCGCAGCUACUCGCCCAUCCGCAAGCGGCGCCGGGACUCGCCCAGCUUCAUGGAGCCGCGGCGCAUCACCAGUGCCCGAAAGCGUCCCAUCCCCUACUACCGGCCCAGCCCCUCGUCCUCCUCCAGCUGCCUGAGCAGCGACUACUCAAGCCGGAGCCCCAGCCGCAGCCCCAGCCCGGGCCACAGCCACGGAAGCUACAGCAGCCGCAGCCGCGGGACCCGCAGCCGCACGCGCAGCCCCUCCCGGACCCCCAGUCCCAGCUACCACAGCCGGAGCAGCUCAGAGAGUGGGGGCUUCUGAGCCCAGACAGACCCAGCUUGGUGCCCCCUGGCAUAGGGAAAAGCGAGGGGUCAGGCCCCAGGACCUGUGAGGGGGCCUGCACCCCACUGCUACAAAGAGGUCCCUGGGCCAGGGAAGACCUUGAGGGUGGGCGCCCUG